CCAUAUUAAGGUAAACAUUUCAACUGUUAGGAAUUAUUUUGGAGAUCACUGUUAAGUAGUAAUGGCAUGUAAUGGCGUCUGGCCGCCAUAUUGAAAAUAUCGAAUUUGUAACCCUACCUUCGAUUUGUCAUAACUACGUAAACAUUUUAAGUGUAGGGAAUGAUUUAGAUAUGUUAUGAUCCACUUCAAGAUCGCAUAUAAGUCUGUCUGACUGUCAUCAUUGGAUUAAUUAUUUUUUUGGCAAAACAUUAGUGUCAUGAAAUUCAACAGGUUUUGACAGUAGCGUACCGUAACUUGUUUUUUGUUUUACAAGGUUGCAUUUGUCAAUACUUCUAUUUAGCAUUUGCAUAUUUUUUCUGUAUAUCUAGUAGAUACCUACGAGCCUAGAAUUAAUUUCGCAAUGAGGAUUAAUUAUCACACUAAUAUUCAUCGGUUAACUAAGGAACUUUUGUUGCUCUAGACAUUCCUAUGUAGGUGUGCACGGGACGUAAUUAGUUAAUUGAUCUUGGGGUUAAUAAGGUAAAUUAACUACGGCGCACGAAUUCUUCCGUCCACUGGCACAUUGACUGAUUCAGUUUUGAUACGGGCAUCUUCCAUCUGUACGCGACAAUAACUGUAUCAGCUUUUCUUUAAUCGAGUGUUUCUUUCAUCCGUCAAAACGGUGUACGAUUUGCUAAGUAACAACCCCCCAGUUAUGAUGAAUGUCGAUUACGAAUGUAAUCAGAAAGAGGAAGAGUCGAAAGUUGUCCCGAAGAGGUCGCUUAAGAAAUUCUUUCUGAGGAAUUGGCAACUUGGAAUAAAGAUUGUCGAAAUUGCGAUAUGCAGUCUCUGCGUGAGUUUAUCUUUCGAACCUCUACGAUCUGUGAAUCAUCUCCAUUACAUAAACAUCAUUCUAACAACUUUUGAAGAGUACAUCCUGAUAAACGUGGUCCUUGUUGUAUCUAGAAUGCUUGGAGAGAGGACAAGUUACAAAACUACCACGAUAUUCUCCAUCUUGGGAGCGGCACUCCAUCUCGUGUCAGCCAUUCUAUUGAUAGUUGCAAAGGAUGUUCCUCGAGCAAGUCCAUUUCUACCUCCUCAUCAUGACAUGCUCAUCAUGUUGAUUACCGCCGCCGCUUUUUCUAUUAUAAAUACUGUCGUGUUUAUUGUUGAUGCUUUUUUUACGUUUUUUACACAACAAAACUUUUAAUUAGGUGAUGUCUGUUGUAAUUUAAGUGCUGCAUGUUCGUAUUAAACAAUAAAAAUAAUUUUAUUUGCGUCUUUUCUAAAAAAAUAUUAAUAAAUGAAUUCAUGAACAGGGGGGAGCCACAACAAGUGCCAAUACAUUAGGAUUUCGUUGAGGGGGAGGGUCAUUUAUGUGUGAUUUUACCUCUCCUUCAGAAAAUUCGUUCUAAUAAACAAAGCAUCUGAUAACAUUUCUUAACCAUUUAGGUAACACUUGCAUUUCAAUAAUGUAAAAUAGUUAAAUUCAUAUACGUCAUAAAUUCGUUCGUCUAUUGGCGAGAGGCUUCGAGUUCGAUUUUUGGAAUAUUCAAUCAACUUUCGUCAUUUUUUUUUAUCAGUAAUUUCAUUGUAAUCUACUUAAGUAGCAGUGAGUUAAUAACGAUUCCUGUAAACAGGUGAUGUCGUAAUGACGAUUUCAAAAUUUUGAAACUGGUCAAAAUAAAGUGCUUCAGUUGCGGGUCAUCUGGGUAGAUAUGAUUUUAUAUUUAUAAAAUAUCGAACGAAUUAAGUACUAUAAUCAUAUAAAUUUUUUAUAGUCCAGAAUUG